AGUAAAAUUGUUGCUGGUCUGGUGGUGCGUGAUUGAGUUGGUUUCUUUGUAAUAUUUUCUGAUUAUAAUUAAAUUAAAUUACUAUAACUUUGUGUGCCCUAAAAUGGUGUUUACCAAAGAAUAUAGGAUUUGUAUGCCGAUGACAGUGGAGGAGUAUCGUAUUGGUCAACUCUACAUGAUAGCUCGGCAUAGUUUCGAGCAAUCUAGUAAUGGCGAAGGUGUGGAAGUGGUCGCCAAUGAACAAGUAACCGACGAGAUCAAUGGGCAGGGCCAAUACACUGAGAAAAGAAUUCAUCUAUCCAGCCAUCUACCCUAUUGGGUCCAAUCACUGAUUCCCGAAAUAUUUUAUGUGACUGAGAAAGCAUGGAACUACUAUCCAUACACCAUCACAGAAUAUACGUGCUCCUUCAUUCCCAAAUUUGCGAUAUCAAUACAAACAAGAUAUGAAGAUAACAACGGGACUACUGAUAAUUGUCUUGGCUUAACUGAUGAAGAACUGGCACAAAGGGAGGUGGAUUUCCUGGACAUUGCCUAUGAUGAAAUCAAGCCUCACCACUAUAAAGAGGCGGAAGAUCCAAAGUUCUUCAAGUCAGAGAAGACUUCUCGUGGCCCCUUGGUUGAAGGUUGGAGGGACACACACCAGCCCAUCAUGUGCUGCUACAAGGCUGUCAGCGUGAAGUUUGAAGUGUGGGGCCUGCAGACUAAAGUAGAAGAAUACGUUCAGGGGGCGAUCCGAGAAAUCUUGCUCCUCGGACAUCGUCAAGCCUUUGCUUGGAUGGAUGACUGGUACAACAUGACUAUCGAGGAUGUAAGGGAAUAUGAGCGUGACAUGCAAGCCAAGACAAACAUAAAGGUAAUUUUGAUAAAGUAUUAAGUAGAGAUCCUU